AUGGCAAAAUGUACUACUACUUUAACGAUUUUGUUGGCAAUGAUUUUGAUUGUUUUGAGUGAUGAUGUCGAGGCUAAUAAAGCUACGGAAACUUCUUUGGAUAUUGAUACUAAGUUGAAGUUGCUCAAUAAACCUGCAGUCAAGAGCAUUAAGAGUGAAGAUGGAGAUAUUAUUGACUGCGUUGACAUCUAUAAACAACCUGCUUUUGAUCAUCCGGCAUUGCGAAACCAUACAAUUCAGAUGAGGCCCAGUUUUCACGUAAAAUCAGAGACUUCCAGUACCAAAAACAAGACUUCUCAUAAGCAAGCUGUAUCUCAAACUUGGCAAAAAAGUGGACGCUGUCCGAAUGGGACAGUUCCUAUUCGCAGAAUUCGUAGGGAAGAUUUACUGAGAGCUUCUUCUCUUGAAAACUUUGGUAAAAAAGCACCGCAUUUUUCCCACAAAAACAACGCUACGUAUCUACUACCAAACAACGCGGUCUACAUUAACAACACCAAUGUCUCUAUCCCUACACUACCCAAUCGCUCUGCUGCUACUUUAGUAACAUUAGGAUACAGUUAUAUAGGUGCUUCUGGAUCAUUAAAUCUUUGGCAUCCGAAUGUUCAAUCAGCAGACGACUACACCACUGCUCAAAUAUGGCUUAAGCAUGGUCCUGGAGAUAACUUUGAAGCAAUUGAGUCAGGCUAUGUGGUAAAUCCAAAGUUAUACGGAGAUACACUCACAAGGCUUUUCGCAUAUUGGACUGUGGAUGCUUACAGGUCAACCGGUUGCUUUGACCUGACAUGCACAGGGUUUGUCCAAACAGGGAUAGGAAUAGCCCUUGGUGCAUCCCUUGGACCAUGGUCAGUUGACAUGGGAGCCCAAUAUGAAGUCCCAGUUAGCAUCAAUCUGGACCCAAACACAGGCAACUGGUGGCUUAAAGUGGGUGAAAACGUCGUCGUAGGAUAUUGGCCCACAGCUCUUUUCAAUUAUAUGAAAGGCAGCGCGGAGAUAGUGGAAUGGGGUGGUCAAGUUUAUAGCCCAAACGUCAAGAAAACACCUCAUACGACAACGACGAUGGGGAGUGGAAAUUACGCGUCGUCCCUCCAAGGUGCGGCAUGUUACAUAAAGAACGUGAGGAUUGUGGACUAUUCGUUGUCGUCCAAGUACCCGCAAUGGGUGGGCACUUGGGCCGACGAACCCUACUGCUAUUCUGCCUAUAACUACAUGGAGGCUUAUGGGGUUGAACCCGUUUUUUACUUCGGAGGGCCUGGUCGAAAUCCUAACUGCCCUUAGAACCCUCCAAUAUUGUUUGAACCUCUUAUAUAUUUUCCUGCCCUUUUUGUUGAAAUAAAAGAACCUAUUUUUCUUUUUCUUUUUCUUUUUCUUUUUUUU